GUCUGUGUCAUCAGAAGACGGGCAAAGACAUGAAAGUGCCAGUGUUAAUAGGUCUCACACACAUCCAUUCAUCGGCUAUUGACAGUGUGUCCCUGUUGAGCGGCUGCACUGGAGCUUCUCUCUAGCGCUGCCAGUGGACAAUCAAACCUACACACCCACCUCUGUCUACACUCGCCUGUUCAACAUUUCUUACUUCUGCUAGAAAAAUACAUAGCUACAGCAAACCUCUGAGCUCUGAAUCGCAUCGCGGCGCGUCGUGAUACACCAGCAGCAAUAGCUCCAAAAGAAAGCACAACAUGGAGUCCCCUCCAGAUCCAGCGAGCGACCCGGGCAACGGCGUCUCAGAGCCGGUUACCCCGGUCAGGGAAACCCCGGUAAACCUGGAGACCCUCCGCAAAGCUGAGCACCAAGCCCCGGUGCGCCGGCAGAGCUGCUCCAGCACCAACAGAGGUAUUUCAGUAACAAAGAAGACACACACUUCUCAAAUCGAAAUAAUUCCCUGCAAGAUCUGUGGAGACAAAUCAUCAGGCAUCCAUUAUGGCGUGAUAACGUGUGAGGGCUGCAAGGGUUUCUUCAGGAGGAGUCAGCAGAGCAAUGCGGCGUACUCAUGCCCGCGUCAGAAGAACUGCCUGAUUGACCGCACCAGCCGGAACCGCUGCCAGCACUGCAGGCUGCAGAAGUGUCUGGCCGUGGGCAUGUCACGUGACGCGGUGAAGUUUGGCCGGAUGUCAAAGAAACAGCGGGACAGCCUCUAUGCGGAAGUGCAGAAACACCGGCUCCAGCAGCAACAGCGGGACCACCAGCAGCAGCCCGGUGAGGCUGAACCCCUCACCCCAACCUACGGCCUCUCCACCAAUGGCCUGACUGAGCUCCACGAUGACCUGAGCGGCUAUAUGAAUGGCCACACGCCCGACGGCACCAAGCCCGACUCGGGCGUCAGCAGCUUCUACCUUGACAUCCAACCCUCACCCGACCAGUCCGGCCUGGACAUCAACGGCAUCAAGCCAGAGCCCAUCUGCGACUUCACCCCGGGCUCGGGCUUCUUCCCCUACUGUUCCUUCACCAAUGGGGAGACAUCCCCCACCGUUUCCAUGGCAGAGUUGGAACAUCUGGCCCAGAACAUUUCCAAGUCCCACAUGGAGACAUGUCAGUACCUGAGAGAAGAACUGCAGCAGAUGACCUGGCAGGCGUUCCUUCAGGAGGAAGUGGAGAGCUACCAGAGCAAGCCCAGGGAAGUCAUGUGGCAGUUGUGUGCCAUUAAAAUCACAGAGGCCAUUCAGUAUGUGGUGGAGUUUGCCAAGCGCAUCGACGGCUUCAUGGAGCUCUGUCAGAAUGAUCAGAUAGUGCUUCUCAAAGCAGGCUCUUUGGAGGUGGUGUUUGUCAGAAUGUGCCGUGCCUUCGACCCUCAGAACAACACAGUCUAUUUUGACGGAAAGUAUGCCGGGCCUGAUGUCUUUAAGUCAUUAGGUUGCGACGACUUGAUCGGCUCUGUCUUCGAGUUUGGGAAAAACUUGUGUUCUAUGCACCUCUCUGAAGACGAGAUCGCCCUGUUCUCCGCCUUCGUGUUGAUGUCUGCAGAUCGAUCCUGGCUCCAGGAGAAAGUGAAGGUGGAGAAACUCCAGCAGAAGAUCCAGCUGGCCCUCCAACAUGUUCUACAGAAGAACCACAGAGAGGACGGCAUACUGACAAAGUUGAUAUGCAAAGUCUCCACGCUGCGAGCCCUGUGCAGCCGGCAUACGGAAAAGCUGACGGCGUUCAAAGCAAUAUACCCAGACAUUGUCCGCGCCCACUUCCCCCCCUUGUACAAGGAGUUGUUCGGAUCAGACUUUGAGCAGUCCAUGCCCGUUGAUGGGUAGCGCUUCCCCGCGCCCACCCCACACGGGGGAAUUCACACCGUGGGGAAUGUCAAGCAUAAAUCUGAGACACUUUAGCAGUGCCCUGCACAUACACACACCUGGACGGACAACACACACUGCACACACACUUUUCCCCUUUUUUCGUUGUGAUUAUUUUUGUCAUGGGGAGGAGGUAAUGGACUGGGUUUGACUCUAGCGGUUUAUUUUUGGGGUUUGUUCCCUCCUUUUACUGACACAGGUGGGACUCGGAGCCCAGGGGAGAGGAUGAGAAGAUGAAGACACUUGUUUUUUUCCCAAACGCUCCCUCGCUCUCUUUCUCUCUCUGGCUGAACCUGAAGAGUCCACGCGUUCGUUUUCGCGAACGGUCCCAUGGUGAUUUGUCACGCUCAGCAUAAAUUGUUUUGACUCGUUUCCAAAACGGAAAAACGAUUCCCAGUGAGCAUUCGCCUGGAAUCCAGCGGAAGAGGAACACACAAGCCUUUUUCAAGCCAAGCCCUUUUUGCGAUCAAAAAGUCGAUUAUCCGAACUGUUCCAGCAGUUGUUGUAGCACCAAAAAAAGUCUACGUAGAAAAAUACGUGGUUAGUUUCUUCCUCCCUGUGCACUUGGAUUUUUUUUUUCCUUUUUUGGGAUGUCAAACCAGCACCGAACGAAGAAGAUUACAAAGUGAGAGAGAAAGAGAGAUACAGAGAAGGAGUGUGAUGUGGAGUCAACACAAAACAGCACCUUUCUACGGACAAUCGAGAAAAAAAAAAAAGAAGGAACAACGUAGAAUUCUGGUAAUUCUAGUCGCGAUUACUUUUAGCCGUCAGAGACUCCAUCUACCAUAGUUGCUUAGUGAUAUUGUUUAAGGCCAUCUGCUAUUAAGUCCCUCUCCGGAACGGUGUUAACGUAACGUAACGGUCCGACCACCAACAUCGAUGCAAUGCAAGGGUCCAUUCCACCUGUUUUCUAACGUGUUACAGGGUAUACGAUCAUAAGUACAAACUAUACGAAAAAAAAAAAAAUUAAUGUUUAUAGAAUCUAUUUUAAAUAACAUGUAUGAUAUUAGUAGCUAGACUAUUAUUAAUUGUGAAAAAUUGAUAAGGCACUUUUAUUUGCACCUUUCUUUAAUUUAAGACUUGUAUAUUUACCUAGUGAUGUGUUGCAUGUAUAAAUACCACGGUUAUGGAGAACGAGUGCUGGAAACCCUAACGCUGCUGAGGGUGGGUGCGUGUUUGCGUGCGUGUUUGUGUAUUUAUUUGCGCGAGGCGGAGGUUGGUGCUGGGUAAAGGUGGAUCACGUGAUCUAAGGGGGGAGGGAGGGUGGGGUUGUAGCAAACACUCAUUGUCUGCCACCAUUAUGAAAACCUAAGCACACCGGGUCUAAAGGGCUGUUGAAUGCAAACAGACCCUUUUCCACACACGGCACAUGCUGUUUAUUGGUUCCAUCUAGUGGUGGUGCGCCACAUGAAUGUGUGGAGGAAGCCGAUCUGGUUUCUGAACGGCUGAUCUUCCUUAAACUGACUCUCGUGAGGGUCUUUGCCCAGCAACAACGUUCGUCGGGAACGUAAGAGUGGAAAAAAAAAAGACGAAAACAGAAAUAUUCAAAGCCUUGUCUGGUUGAAAUCCUCUAUUUUUGUAACAUUGUACAGUGCUUAUGAAGCCUAUGAAAGAAAAAGGGAAAGAACGAAGGAUGAUAUUAGCACUUAAUCCUGCAAUAAUUAGAAUCUGUGUGUUUUUAAUGAUUUUUUUUUUUGUCUUUUUCAAAGAACAAGUCAAUGGUAGUAAUAGUGCUAUUUUUUGGAAUACCUAACUGUUGUGUGCUGCGCGUUUGUACGUCUCUUGAAUGUGCCAUAGUGGUCUUUCCUGCUUUUUUGAGUCUGAAAAAAAAAUUGUUGUAUUGUAACAUUCCAGUAAAACUAUGUUGUGGCGUUUAGAAAAUCCCAAUAUAAUCCAGAAAAAAAAAACUUCACAGAUCACAUCUAUGACCUGCUAACUGACAUUUUGAGAAAUCUUGGUAGCUACAUGUAAUUUCUUUUCCCCAUGACACAAAGUAUUUUCCUCAGGGAAGAGUCUGUCUAACUCAAUUCUGAAGUCGGUAGCUUAAACACGUUAGUCAGCUCUAUGUUGCAUCUAGAACUCUAUAAUUUGAUCUUGAUGGCAUGUUCGGUACAGAUAAAUAGCGUUUUUAUCAUAAUUGUGUCAAUAACUACUGUUGACAAAAUUUGAGUUUGUGCAAUGCAUCCCCAAGAAGUCCUGCUAAUUACAAUACAUCAAUCUGUAAUUGACAAUCCAGGUUCAUGUUUAGUUCUUUAUACAGUAAAUCAGCAGUUUGUGUAAUACAAAGCUCAGGGAGAGUAAUAUUGAAUAAUAAUUGAGCAGGGAUAAUGAAAUCAGUUCCAAAUCCUAGUGAGCUGCCUACUUAGCAUUUUAGCAGUCUCAAAAGACUGGAAAGUAAAAGUUUUGGGCCAAAUUUUAAGGCAAUCCCAGAAUGUACUACAACAAAAUCUGUAAAAAUAAAUAAAUAAAAAUAAAUUCUUUCAGCAUGGUGUAGGAGUCGAAGAUUUGAAUAUAUUUAAUUCAAUACUGAAAAUAAUUAAUAAAUAAUAGUUAAAUCUUAUUAAAAAGGUCAUAUUUACCCAAAAUUUAUGGGCGAAGUAUUGUGCUUUUAGCAUAGCAACAUGCUAACAUAAAACUCCAUUGGAAUCAAUUGCAAGCAGAGACAACCCAUGUGUUACUCAUAAGGAGAGCUAUUUGUGUGACAUACAGAAUUGUUGUCUAUGUAGAUUGAUCCAAAUCAGUCACUUAGAAGGUUCUAUUUUGGAGGAUGCCACCUAAGUAGAUAGCAGACAGGAAGGAAGCUCACUAGGAACAGAAUUGAACCCAAAACAACCUGGUAAUGAUGUUAAAGUACAAAUGGGAACAAACGCUCAUUUGUUACUGUAGUUCAUUUUUUUAAACCUCAUUUUUCAUAUUUCAAAAUUUACGGGCUCUUGUCGUACCAUGUCAUUCACUAGCAUGAUUGCUGUCAAGUCAAAAGAAGACGGCAGUACAUCAUAAACAAUGCAAAACGUGUCAUUUCAUUCAUUCGCCCCCAUAGGCUACUGGCUUUAUCAAAUCACCCAGUGAGCUCCAAGAUCAACUUCCCGAAAAUCCAACAAAGCAAGAUAACAACCUCAAGCGUGCUACGCUAAUUUCCAGCUUUGUUUUUCUCUGGAUGGGGAUUUGUUCUAAUCGUCACUCAUAAUUGUUUGAGUCUAUGUGCCAAAUACCUCUUCACGAUUUGCUCCACCUUCAGACGUUCGCACGGGCGAAUUGUCACGCGUGACAAAUACGGGUUUCUACAGGGUAACCACUGCUGUGGAGUCCCCUUGAUGAACAAGCUUUGCUGUUUCCUGUCCAAUGAUCCUCAAGUCAGUUCUAACACCAUAAAAGCUGUAGUAAAGUCACGUUUUACCACUUUUUGCAUGUCGUAUUUUGUCAGUGUAGUUUGUAUUAGACUUUUAAAGCAAUAUGCUAUGGGCUAGAACUUUGGGACAAAUUUAUUUUUUCUAAUACAAGCAAAGGUACUUAAACACCUCCGGAUCUGUGGUAUUUUAGACGUGUGAAGAGAAAAGUCCUGCAUUUUUCUUAUUGGUGGAAGAUCCAUACAUUUUUCCUUGUAAAUUGUUUAACGAAAUUCUUUUUCAACUGUGGUUUUCCUUUGUUUAUCUAUGUGAGAAGCAAUAUACGUCCGAAUGUGGAUGCGAGAGCGUGUACAAGCGGAAAUGUGUGUGUUUGUGCUAUUUGUAAUGUUUGCUUAAGGUCAAACCCCCAGACAAGGCUUUAAAAGAUCAGACGCAGCAGGGUGAGAUGGUGAAUUGUAUGUAAGAUCUUAAGUUUUUUCCCAUGAUUUAAAAUGUUUUAAGUAGCACUGAGCUAGAAUCCCUUGACGAGGCUGUACAAGCAUGACACACUGCACCUCGAUGUUAAUUUCGAUUAGAGUUAUGCAAACGCAGCAAGGCCUAUGCACUCACGUUCGAACGAAAGGCACAUUUACAGGUUUUUUUCGCGAUUCCGAUCAGCGGAUUUAACGUGUCAUGCUCGCGACAGCAUUCGAUCUGAAGGUUGAAGUGUUACUAAGAAUUACGUCAAUCAUUUCCCUUGCAUUUUUUUUCCAAAAGCACAGCUGACGCGUUAUUAAAAGUGAACUAUGUUUAGAUAAUAGACAAAAACAAAACUCUUUAGCCAUAAUCGAAUGUCAAGCAAUAAUAUAUGGUGCAUAGGCUUUUGAACAUCUGCAUGUAAAUACAUUUUCUUAUUUAUCGCGUAAAAUUUUUUUGCUUUGGGUUUUUUCGCUCUCUGAUUGUCAUGUUUUUGUUUGUUUGUUUUAUUUGUAUAUUGACUAGUUCUGUUCUCGGGUGGAGAACUAUGAACGUCAAAUGGCCUGUAAACUGUACAGCUACGUUUCCCUGUCCUCCUUUCGGCUUUUAAUUCACAAUAUUUAAUGUUCUAUCGAUCACAUGUAUAAAAGUAACUUUGUAACUUCUGUCUGUAUAGGUAAGAAGAAAAUACUGCUAUUAAGACCUGCUCAGUGCAAAUAUUUAUCUGUUUUAUCAGACACAUCAUGCUGUACAAUAUCUCUGUUUUGAGUAUACUUCUCUCUUUUAGACUUAGUUCGAUUAGCGGUAGGGUGUGCGGACAUUAAAUUUUGUGUUAUACUGACGUGUGGUGCUAGGUAAGUUACUUUGUGAACAAAAAUUAUGGAUUCAUAGACUAGGCCACCCUCUUAGUCCAUUCAUUUCACUGAGUAUUGAUGCAUUAUUGAUAUUAGGACUCAAUAAAUAAUAAUAAUAAUAAUAAUAAUGAUAAUAAUGAUAACAAUAAAGAUAAUGAUAGUGGUAAAUUUACUUUCGAAUACCCAGCAAGUACCUGUAUCAGUGUGCUAGUCUUGGGACGUGGCUUGUUUCCUUCCCACUUUUAAGAUUAUUAGCAAGUAUCGGCUAAGUAAAUCUCUAUUAAACGUCGCAAUUUUGAAUUUUUCGCAACAAUGAUGAUUGUUCAUGCUUAAAAAAAAUGGAAGAAGCAGCAGUAUUGUUUCUUUUUGAUUGUUUCGAAACUGUUUCUAAUCCAGUGCUUAUUUUCUGUAUUGGGCGCUGGAAGGACUUUAAAUACGCGAUAAAGUACCGGAUUGUCUGCCGCUUUUUGGCUCCCUCCAUUUUUUGUUGAUUCUACCCUCAGUUUUUUUUUUUAAAAACACGCUUUGUAAACAUUCGUUUUUUUCCCGCUCACUUACACUUACAUA